CACAGACGAAUCUGAAGACGAUGACAGUGACCUGCGUGUGCAGCAACCAGACGAGCUGGAUGAACCACUAUAUCAAGGCUGCCGACUGUCUCUAGCUGAAAGUCUUCUGCUGGUGAUGGGAUUCAUCCUACGGCACAAGGUGACAAAAGAGGCUGCGCAGAGUCUUGCCAUGAUAGUACAAGCACACUUACCUGCCGGAACAAGCUACCCAGCUACCAAGUACUUGUUCAAAAAAUAUUUUGAUACGUGUGCAAAGCUACCGGACCAUCAUUUCUAUUGCUACUGUGGAGCGUACCUUACUGACAAGUCGGGUAAUUGUGUAUGCAGUGAGUGUAGCCGAUCCCUGGACACUAAAGAACUUCUGAACAAAGGACAAUACUUCCUGUCAUUUGAUUUGGAGAGUCAGCUUACAGAAAUGCUCAAGAAAUUUGAGGCAUCUCUUCUGAAGCCUUCGCCAAGCAUUAACAUGACAGACAUCCACCAAAGCCCAGCAUACAACAGCCUACCAGUUGGAAAAAAUGAUGUCUCUCUCACUUUCAAUACUGAUGGUGUACAACUUUUUGAGUCCUCACAAUUCUCCAUCUGGCCAAUCACAGUGCAGGUCAAUGAACUACCAUUUAAAGAGAGGCUCCUGCACCCCGCUGUCGCAGGCUUGUGGUUUGGAAAGACAAAGCCCAACUUCAAAGCGUUCUUCCACCCUUUUGUGAAGACCAUGAACAGGCUAUCAACACAACGAUUUAAGUGGUCAAAUGCAGAAGGAGAAGUUACCACCAAGGUAUUUCCAGGCCCGUGCACUGUGGACAGUGUGGCAAGAGCCCCCCUGGUAAAUAUGCACCAAUUUAAUGGGAGGUUUGGGUGCCUUUGGUGCUUUCAUGAAGGGGAAGUUAUUGCUAAAGGAAGAGGACACACAAGAGUGUACCCCAUAACUGAUCGUGAACACGCCAUUCGCACUUCUGCUUCCGUCUACAAGGAUGCAACAAAGGCAAGGCAGAGAAAUGAACCUACUCGUGGAAUCCUCGGUCCCAGUGUUUUGUUCCUGCUCUCAUAUUUUGACAUUUGUAAAGGUGUCGUCGUCGACUACAUGCACACUGUGUGUCUUGGUGUAGUCAAGGCAACAACAGUCAUGUGGCUUACUAAUGCAUCUCAGCCUUACUAUUUGAAGCCCAAGCUUGGUGAAGUGAAUCAACGCAUUCUAAAUAUCAAGACUGUUGCUGAAAUCAGUCGUCUCCCGCGCAAAGUAACUGACUACAACAUCUGGAAGGCAUCUGAAUGGCGUGCUUGGCUGCUCUUUUAUUCUGUUCCUGUCCUCACAGACUUGCUCCCCAAAAAGUACUUAAAAAACUGGAAAAAGCUAGUUAUGAUUAUGCAUAAACUGCUGUCCUUCAAUGUAAAUCUUGAAGAGCUUGACAGUAUCCAAGCUGAAGUCCUCUCAUUUGCACGCCGGUACCAAGCGCUCUAUGGCACAGCAAGCAUGACAUACAACAUGCACUUAGUAACACAUUUAGUGCUGUGUGUCAAGAACUGGGGGCCUCUCUGGGCAUAUUCGAAUUUUCCUUUUGAACAUUUCAAUGGUGUCUUAACAAGGAUGUGUCAUGGAACACGACAUAUUGAGUCACAAAUCGCGUACGGCUUGAGCAUAUGGAAUGGUCUGCCUGCAUUGUGUCGUGACAGAUCAGUAUUUAGAGUUUGUACAGAGGCACGUAAGCUGUGGCAGUCCUUUAUUGUUGGAAGCAGUUUGCAAAUUGUGUCGUGUAGCAACGAGCAUAUCAGAUUCACAGGCAAAGGUAGAGUAGGCCAAGCUAGUCAUACAGCAGCUGUUCUUCAGUUCCUACAACGCCCUCCAAAGGUUACCAAGUGCUUCACAAAGCUUAUGCUGAGAGGUGUCCGGUUUGAUUCGAAAACUUCCGGCUCCAGAUGUUGCAAUUCCUUAAUAUUGACAAAGGACAUGGAAGUGGUGACGCUUAAAGCAAUUUAUGCAUACUGUUUCAAUUGUUCACAAAUCCCGUGCUCGUGCAACAAUGUUGUCCUUGUAGUUUCGCAGUGGUCAUCCUGCAGUAUUCUACAGGGUGUAUUACUUAAACUGGAUGUCGUUGGAAACUUAAAAGUAAUUCAUUGCAGUGAUAUUUUGUGUAAGUGCAUAACAAUCAACAUUAAUGAAAGUUUGCAUGCGUGCCCAGUGACUGUCAGAAUAGAGUGUUGGUAGAUGAUCCAACUUGUAUUGUUCAGAGGUUGUGUAUGAGCAUGUUGCUCCAUCUUCACCCAUGUAGCUAUCGCGUACAAAAACAUACAUGUAACACUAUUAUACCAAUUAGACCGUGUAGAAUAUAUUAGAAUGUGUAGUACCUGUCAAGAGACUUUUUGGCCAAUUUUGUUGCUGAGAAGCACUUGGUUUAGAACAUUUGUAGAGCAUCUGCGACAUUUUCAAGUAUGCAAAAUGUUUCACGACUGCAGUUCAGCGUGUCGUUACAUGUGUUCAUGCAGUACAGAGAAUAGAACAGAAGUAGAAAGAAAGAAAUGCAGCACAGAGACCUAAUAAACGAUGUGACCGUUAUUUUCAUUGCUGAAGUCAGUGCAAAAAGUACAGGUUUUGUUAUUUAUUCACCUAUCAUUCCGCAAUUUGCAGUGGCAUGUAGAGAUGUGUGGCUGUUUUCUAGAACAAACAUCUGUAAGCAAAAGAGAGACGGCAUUCACAAAAAUCUGUUUAUUGCACACCUACACUGACGGGCUUUGAUCUGUAUGCCAAGAGUUUCAGGAGAUAAACCUGCACAUGAAAACAGCAACGAAACAAUUUGAGACAGCGAGCUUACUUUUUGUGAAUGUUGCGCGCCAGCAGAUAUAAAAGAAUACAUUCAAUCAACGGUGUUUCAUUCCUGUGGAGUGCUCUGGCUAUGCAAAAAAAUAAAAAAAGGUUCCGCAUUCCCAUGAACUAAAGAAACAGAAAUGCUCACGCUUGUGCGAAACCACGGUGUUUGUAGAUAGAGGCUAUGUGCGAAAAUUGAUGUCCGCGUGCAGUGCAUGUGUUUCGUAUCUAAUUAAAUUCAUCCUUUCAGUGGCAUACUUCAUCUUCUACGUUGUUUCCUGUCAGAAUGCGCGGAGCUGUGAAGACGGAGGCUAUGCAGCUAUUAUUACUGUGCAUUGCCAGAAACGUUUGCCGCUGGUACGGCGCCAUAUACACACAGCUCAUUUAGCCACAUUGAAUCUUGACCUGGCCUCUGACUUUUAUAACAUGUUCAGGUGAAUUCUUUGAACGCCGACAUACUCACCUGAGCUGCAAUAGCAACCGAGUAGAUCCGGGUGAAGCCCGAGGGCACAAACAUGUCAAACAAGCCACCGUUGCCACCGCCACGCCACGAUAAACAAUCCCGGCCAUGGAAGACGAGCGCAUGCGCCCUGGCCGUGCCGUGCUCGCUGCCUCGCGUACCCUGGCCGCCUUGGCCGUGCUCGCUGCCGUGUACGCUACUUUACGAUGGUGAGAGGGGUUGCUGUGACUCGCCCUGAGUCUGAACUAUUCAUGUGCACCCAAUUAUACUUUUUUUUAGUGACUAACUUUGUACAACAUCGAAAUCUAAAUGACGUUUUUACAUGUGCAUUGUGUUUACAUGUGAACAUUUUGUUAAUAAACAUUCUAUACAAA